ACCUUGCACACUGUCGACCCCAGUGGAUAAUAUAGCUUGAAGUUAGAUCUCAGUGUAAGUGUCUUUUUACACACAACUUUCAUUUGUCACCAAUUGUCUCUUGGCACACCAAUCACAUGUACAUAAAUCCAAAGACUAACUUUGUCGUAUUACAAAUCAUUGAACAUGUGUUCAGCGUUUCCAAAAUAAGACAUUCAAUCUGAUUGGUCGGUCAAACACAGUCCUCUCAGUGAAGUGGAGAGAACAUAGAGAGAUUCAGCUCACUCAUAGCAGCAUCUGAAGUGACAUGGCACCUCCAACCUUUGCUCUGUGCUUCGCUUGUCUGAUUGUGGUGAAUAUUGCUCACACAACAGCUUUAAAGCAGUCAUCAUUACAUUUUCUAUCAGUUGAUGUUGGGGAAAGUGUGACCUUGUCAUGCUUUUGUCUCGAUGAGGUAUCACAAAUUUUUUACUGGUAUAAGCAAACUGUGGGACUGACGCCUAAGCUGGUGUCUUCAGUCUACAGUUAUAACGCUGACAGGACCUUUUAUGAUGAAUUUAAGAAUCCACGUUUCUCAGUGGACACUGAAAAUCACGAAUAUCAGCUGAAGAUUUCAGAUUUGCAAAUUUCAGACUCAGGUACUUACUACUGCGUAAAGAAAAGUUACAUUGUCUUUGAAUUUUGUGAGGGUACAACUAUAAAUGUGAAGGGUUCAGGUCUGAACAUCCCAGUUUUGGUCCAUCAGUCAGCAUCGGAGACCAUCCAGCCAGGAGGCUCUGUGACUCUGAACUGUACAGUACACACUGGGACCUGUGAUGGAGAACACAGUGUUUACUGGUUCAAAAACUCUGGAGAAUCUCAUCCAGGACUCAUUUACACCCAUGGAGACAGGAAAGGUCAGUGUGAGAGGAGACCCAGCGCACAAACACACUUUUGUGCUUACAAUUUGACAAUGGAGAGCCUGAAUGUUUCUCAUGCUGGGACCUACUACUGUGCUGUUGCCUCAUGUGGACACAUACUGUUUGGAGACGCAACCAAGCUGGACUUUAAGUAUGAGGUGGACUCUCUUGUCUCUCUUGUGUAUAUCUUGAGUGCAGCUUUGUCAUUCACCACCGUCCUGGUUGUGUUACUGGCUUUCACAGUGUACAAGUUUAGCAAAAGGAACUGCCAAUAUACAGAGUCUAAUGUGACAUUUUCAACAACUUCUGCUCCAAAUGCAGCGGUGUGUCAAGAUGCAGAAAACCUUCAUUAUGCUGCUUUAGGUGACCUCAAGGUCAACAGAUCCAGAAGACAGAGGAGCAACACCAAUAAGGAAUGUGUGUACUCCAGUGUAAAGCAGUAGACCCAGAUGUGUUUUUGUCCUUUGUUUCUUCAUAACAAGACAUUUUUUAUUGGGCUGAUUAGAAUUUUCCUGAACCUGACAUGAUUCCACCAAUUUUAAUACAUACAAAAGCUUCCCUUGUAAUAAACUUGCAGUGAAAGAAAGUAUGGUGUCGGAGGGUUUCUCUGUAGUGAUACCAGUUGUGAAACAUCUGCUGACUUCUCCCGUUUCUCCUCACAUUUCAAAGAAACACACUCACACCUCUGAAGUGCUGCUGGGAUUACCUUUUCUAGAAUUUCCUGAACCAAUCCUGCAUAAGUGACAUCAGCUGUAUGUACAUCCACAGGGUAUCACAAAUCUUCACA